AAAUCAAUAACAAGACUAACACCAACAGCUGAGAAAUUUAUCUUGGUUGCCAAUUGCGAUUGCGAUUUGGAAGUGUUCUUUCGAUUCAGAAAGUUGAGCAGAAUUCGAAUUUCGAAGAUGGCGGAGGCAGGCGACGGUUCCGGAAAUUCUCGGUGGUCUCUCAAGGGCUCAACCGCACUCGUCACCGGCGGCACUCGCGGAAUCGGCCGCGCCGUGGUGGAGGAACUGGCCGCCUUGGGCGCUUCCGUGCACACCUGCUCCCGGAACGAAGCGGAGCUCAAUCGGUGCUUGAAGGAGUGGGAGGGCAAGGGUUUUGUGGUCCGUGGGUCGGUUUGUGAUGCCUCGUCAAGAACACACAGAGAGAGGCUGAUGCAGGAAGUAGAGUCCGCUUUCAAUGGCAGGCUUAAUAUUCUGGUAAACAAUGUGGGAAAAAACAUCAGGAAGCCAACUAUUGAGUACAGUUUGGAAGAAUUUUCAUCAUUGAUGACUACCAACUUCGAAUCUGCAUAUCAUUUAUCACAACUUUCACAUCCUCUUUUAAAAGCUUCAGGAAAUGGAAGCAUCGUGUUCAUUUCUUCGGUUGGUGGUCUCAUGUCCAUUGGAAGUGGAUCCAUCUAUGCAGCAACCAAAUCUGCAAUAAAUCAACUGACCAAAAAUCUUGCUUGUGAAUGGGCCAAGGACAAUAUCAGAAGCAACUGUGUUGCACCCUGGUAUACAAAUACCCCUCUUGUAGAAAAGUUGCUCGAUAAUAAGACAUUCGUGGACAAGGUGGUGUCUCGAACUCCACUUGGGCGCAUAGGGGAGUCAAACGAAGUAUCGUCGUUGGUGGCAUUCCUUUGCUUGCCUACUGCAUCUUACAUCACUGGACAGAUUAUUUCUGUUGAUGGAGGGUUCACUGCAAAUGGAUUUGAUUCUGGUAUGAGACUAGACAUGUUGUGAACUCCCAGUUCAGCCUCAGAAUGACAGGUCCUAAACUUUCUUUUGCCAUGUCCAUACUCAUUUUUUAUCUGCAAAUCAUGUAUUUCUUGCAACUCUUUCAAGUCUGCUCGAUUUCUCAUAUUUACUCGCUCGGUUUAGUUUUAGUGCUUAUCAACUGUUUUUAUUGAUAGUCUGAUUUUUAGAAGGCAAAUUGGUUAAGCA